CAGCAUCGUGAAGAGCAAUGUCCUCCAGUGCUGCUGUCCAGCCCCCGAGCUUGGACCUCGGACCUUGCUCCGGCUACAUGCGGGCAGCUCUGCAAAUCCCCACGACGUUAAUGUCACUCCGACAUAAUUUUCCUCAUGAAACGCAAUGAAGCAUAACUAAAAAAUAGAGCCAGCUGCUCCCUGGGAACAACUUCACCAACGAGUGCAACAUUCCGGGGAACUUCAUGUGCAGCAACGGGCGGUGCAUCCCGGGCGCCUGGCAGUGCGACGGGCUGCCUGACUGCUUCGACAAGAGCGACGAGAAGGAGUGCCCCAAGGCUAAAUCGAAAUGCGGCCCGACGUUCUUCCCCUGUGCCAGCGGCAUCCACUGCAUCAUUGGCCGCUUCCGCUGUAAUGGGUUUGAGGACUGUCCUGAUGGCAGCGAUGAAGAGAACUGUACAGCAAACCCUCUGCUUUGCUCCACUGCCCGUUACCACUGCAAGAACGGCCUCUGCAUUGACAAGAGCUUCAUUUGCGACGGGCAAAAUAACUGUCAGGACAACAGCGACGAGGAAAGCUGCGAAAGUUCUCAAGAACCAGGCAGCGGGCAGGUGUUUGUGACUUCGGAGAACCAGCUCGUGUACUACCCCAGUAUCACCUACGCCAUCAUCGGCAGCUCUGUCAUCUUCGUGCUGGUGGUGGCCCUGCUGGCGCUGGUCUUGCACCACCAGCGGAAGCGGAACAACCUCAUGACGCUGCCGGUGCACCGGCUGCAGCACCCCGUGCUGCUGUCCCGCCUGGUGGUCCUGGACCACCCCCACCACUGCAACGUCACCUACAACGUCAACAAUGGCAUCCAGUACGUGGCCAGCCAGGCUGAGCAGAACGCGUCAGAAGUGGGCUCCCCACCCUCCUACUCAGAGGCCCUGCUGGACCAAAGACCGGCGUGGUACGACCUUCCUCCGCCACCCUACUCUUCCGACACUGAGUCACUGAACCAAGCCGACCUGCCCCCUUACCGAUCCCGGUCUGGGAGUGCCGACAGUGCCAGCUCCCAGGCGGCCAGCAGCCUCCUGAGCGUGGAAGACACCAGCCACAGCCCAAGGCAGCCUGGCCCUCAGGAGGGCACCGCCGAGCGCAGGGACUCCGUGCCCAGCCAGGGCACCGAAGAAGUAUAAAAUCCAGUUAUUCCAAAGUCCAUAUAGGUUAAUCUGCUCUGACUUGUUACCAUCCUAACAACUCAUGCUCAUGGGAAGCUCCUCACGGCACCUCAGGAGUGAUUUGGGGUGUCAGCUGCCUCUCCAUUCCCCUCCUCCCCCAGAUUUCAAGGAUGUUCUUUGGAGGGUGACCUGGCAUUUUUCUGGCCUCUCAGUUGUAUACAUGAUGUAUAUUGUGCAUCUUUUCUGGGAGGUUACUCUUCCGUCAGGGCCCAGGAUCACAGCUUCAUCCUUUACGUCAUUCUUCUGUCCCCGUUGGAGUCUUGCUGAGUAGGCAGCAAGGAAAAAGCAGGAUUUAAGUAGUUCUUGAGAAAGCAUUGUUUCUGUGCCAUGUUGGAUGUUCAGAAGGGCAGAAGACACUGGACCACAUUCUCUGUGGGCUGCCAUGUUAUAGCUCUGUUUGGGGAUUGGGGCUGGAUGGUCCUAUCGGGAGGCUGUCACUGGGUGGCCAUCCUGGAAAGAAGCCAGGCGAGCACUGAAACCUUUCACUACCAUCUUACCCAUUGCUCUCGAUCAGCAGUGGCAGUGGCCAAAGAAAACUUCUGACAUGAGUAACACCCUUCAGUAAUUGGCAAUGUCAUUUUGGUUUUGUAAAUAACCCUACAACCAUCUAUUCUGGAUAGAUUCUGGCUUUAAAAUUUUUCCCAAGAAUCUUUGUUUUAAGAGCUUUCUCUGGCAGCCUACAUUAAUCAGCCUCAUCCCAGCAUAGGUAGGGCGGCCCUGCCAGGAGUUUAUCCGAGUUCUCAGCUCCUGAAACGCAGACUGCCAAGAGCCUAAGGCUGCUUUGGUCUGCAGUCCCUUCCCUGGUUUCUGGAUUGUCAGCCUCCCAGCUGUGACCUGCCUACAGCCAAGGGAUGAGCACCCAACUGGAGUUGCCCUAAUAUCCAGUCUGGCCCUUUGUCCCUGUAAACUACAGCCAGCCUGCCUUACCCAUUCAUGAAGCUUCAACACUAGCCUCCUGAGUUCCCUUAACGCUCAGAAGUCAUUUCACCUGUGCAUUUGGACUUGACACUGUGGUUUCUAACACCUUGAGAGCCAUAUUCAAUACCUCCCACCAGAACUCCCAGCUCCCUGUACUGCACACACUCCCUUUUCCAAGACCCAAAUACCAACACCCUGGUUUAGGAUUAGGGUUAGGGUUAGAGUUAGGGUCAGGCCCCUCCCAAGUUAGAGAAACAUCCCAUAGUUUCUCCCUUGAGAGACAUGGACAAGUAGACAAUUUGGAGUGAAGAUUUGCCAUUCGGACUUUUUUUUUUUUUAAAUCUUAGAAAUGCAUUUGAAACAGUGUGUUUGUUUUUUCCCUUCUAGUUAAGGGACUAUUUAUAUGUGUAUAGGACAGCUGCCUUUUUUGUUGUUGUUUUUCUUUAGUGAGGUCCAAAGAAAGAUGCGAAAGGAGGUCACACCUUUGUCCUGCCGAGUCCUGAUAACAAGUCACUCCAGACUGACCUGUGUGCCAGGCGUUUGUGCAUUGUUGCACUUUGAGUUAUUAUUUAUCAAAUUCUCGAAGGAUGCUGAAGGAGGGACGCCUGUCUCCCUCCACAUAGUCUCUGUGUUUCUGCUAGCUUUCUUCUCUUCUCUGUGCCCUGCCAGCCACAGGGCCCACCCCUUGGGGAAAUAAUGGGUAGAAACAUAGGCCAUUAUUUGGCAAGAAACUGUCAGGGGACAAAACUGGAACCAGGUGGAGCCACUCUGGGCCGCUCUCACCCAUUCAGAACUUUUUUCUGUAGCUGAAGAAACUUUCAGUAGCAUCUUUGAUGCUAAUUCACAUGGAGCCUGCAGAGGGGGGAUGAUGUGGAUUUCAAUGAUCCUUUUCUGUAGACUUUUUUUCUUUUUAAACCAAAUCCAAAGGAUAUUAUGGGAAAGUUAACCACUUGGUGAUUUUUUUUUUUUUUUUUUAAGGAUGCUUUCAUCCUUCAUUUUUAAAAUAACACUUGAGUUAUUUUCUGAGUUAUCCAAUAACGAAUAUUUGAUGGCAGCCAGAGUGUGUUAGGAACUCUGGCUGAAUAUUUCAUCUCCUGUGAGUCAGAAUGGCUUUAUUUCUCCCUCUGAUGGUCCCCUGCUUCUGUGUGGUGCUCUGGAAGUUGUUUAGAGGAAAGGAUUAUAAUUUUAAUUAAUUGUGGUGUGAAUUAAUCUCGCGUACUUUUCUGCUUCCAGGCAUUUUAGGCAAACAAAUGGUGUUAGUAGAUAAGGGGAGCCUAUUAAUGGUUUUUAAAACAAACACAGGGACAUUUUUAUUAUAGAUUUAAUUUUUUUAAUGAAUGUUUUUAAAAAUAUGUAAAUAGGACACCAAAGCUGCAGAUGUUUGGGGUUUUUGUUUUCCCCUACUCAAAAUAGCAAAUAAGUGGCCAGCAAUAUUUUUUAACUCAUUCCAGUCAGGAUAUUUUUUUAUACAUUGUCUAAAUCUAUGCCAACUUGGAAAACCGUCUCUGCUCUCUCUUCUCAAAUGACAUUAGCGAGUCCUUUUGAUUUUAGCAUUAAAAUCGUUUCACUGUGAUGGAUAGCUUAUCACAUGACUCAACCCCCUCUACUUUGAAAUUGACAUUUAAAAAAAAAUGCAACUAAGUGGUUAAUAGUGUGUGAUGUUCAAAGUUGAUGUAAACUGGAAAGAUUAUGUUCAGUUGCUUUUUGUUUUCUGGUUCAUUUUUUUUUUUUUUUAAUUUUAUACUUUCAAAUAAACUUGCAGUUUCCUUUUCUCUAUU